AAUUGUCGAGUAAGUCAGAAGCUUGUCUUCUGGUCCGUCCAUUGCCUGCGUCUCCCAGGAGUACGAAGCUGGCUUUGUCACCACUGUCGUACACAGACAUCUCAGCACGGAAACUGUAAUUAUAACGGAAAUGUUAUACCCAAAAAAAAACAGAGAAGAGUUGGUGAACCAAAAAUACUUUACAACAUCAGAAUAGUAGAUUGAGGUUCGUCAGUGCGACUGUGUGAGUGACAUUACUUCACAACUCCGGUAACAUUCUCAAAUCAACGAUGUUGGCCCUCUGACCUCUGUAAUACCACCUGGGAUUUCUCUUGACAUCGUCAACUGUCACUAUGCAGUAGGAAAAAGCAUUCAACAUUUUUUAGAACAAAAAAAAAAGAAAAGAUAAACUUAGGGUGUAAGUAUACUAUUCAGGCGGGAGUGAAAUGUGGCUGUACCUGAGCGGAUUCAUUGUUGACGAAGGUAACGAUCUCACAAAUUGUGAGGGUUUCAACCUUGGUUAUCUUCGAUGUGUUCACCUGUGCAGACGCGUUAGGAUGCACAGAUAGCCUACAACACGAUAUAUAGUUCAGGUGGAAGGAAGACAUUGAAAAGUUUUCAAAGCAGAAGCACGGAGCGACCUUUUGAAAUCCCCCAAAUCAUGACCUUCUCAUCUUCAACCGAAGCGACAAGAUCCCCGACUCUUACUCUUCUAGAAGGCUUCAAAAUGCCAGAACCUCAUGUACCUUCUCAGAACCUGACUAUAGAAGAACCGAAGAAUCAACCUCUUCCCAAACCAGACAAGUCAUUAGAGACGAAGUUUGCCCUCGAAAUCUAUAACAAGCACCUGAACCUCUUCAACGACAAACAAAUAACCAUUGAUCAAACAACAGAACCAUCUCGAAGUACUUCAGUGAGCGAUCAGGAAACGACCCCCAGCAUCACGAGAUGCUUCUCGAAUGCGUCACCAGGUAAACUCUUAGUUAUGAUAUCUGCUGGAUUUAGGGUAGAAUGAAUCUUUAGGAUCUUAACCAACCUGAAAUCAACAAUGUCUCUGAUAAAAUGAAUCAUGUUAGCAACAUGUUUAGUCAUGUCGUGGUGAACUGGAUUCUUUGCUAAACAAAUAGCAUUCUCUGAAUUAAUUUGAGCUUAAAAUACUAUGAACUAAAACCCAACUCACUGCAGAAUUCUCUCAACCGUAACCUUUCCUUAGUUGCUUCAGAUAAAGUCAUGUACUCAGCCUCUGUUGUAGAUAAAGCUAUAACAUGUUGUAAAGCCGAUCUCCAAAUCAUUAUAUUACCACCAACUUGAAAAACAUACCCUGUCAUUGAUCUUCGCUUAUCAAGGUCAGUAGAAUAAUCCGGGUCACUGAAACCUUCAAUCCCAAAAUGAUCAGAUUUAGAGAAUGUUAAACACACAUCCAUAGCGCUUUGAAGAUACCUUAGUAUACACUUAACUGCUUCCCAAUGCUCACGAUUUGGUUUGGACAUAAACCUGCUAACCAAACCAACCGCAAAAACUAAGUCAGGUCUUGAACCAACCAUUGCAUACAUCACACUCCUAACAGCGCUAGCAUAAGGAAUAGAAUCCAUCAGCUUAGCUUCCACGAACCAUUCUUUAUCAGUUAAGCUUUUCAAUUUAAAC